AUGGGAAGCAGCGAGAUGGAAAAAUCGGAUAAAGAGAAAGAACCUAAAACUCCACCACCACCUUCUGCAUCUUCUGCGUCUGCUUCUGCUCCGGCUACAUCACAGGAGCCUUCUUCUGCUGUUAGUGCUGGAAUGGCUACUCCAGAUUGGUCUGGUUUCCAGGCUUAUUCUCCUAUGCCGCCUCAUGGUUACGUCGCGUCAAGCCCUCAACCUCACCCUUAUAUGUGGGGCCAUAUGAUGCCACCUUAUGGAACACCGCCUCAUCCGUAUGUUACAAUGUAUCCUCCAGGCGGCAUGUACACUCAUCCUUCAUUACCUCCGGGGUCUUAUCCAUAUAGUCCAUAUGCAAUGCCUUCUCCUAAUGGAGUGGCUGAAGCUACUGGAAAUACUGGAAGCGGUAUUGAAGGUGAUGCUGCUAAACAACCUGAGGUGAAGGAGAAGUUGCCAAUCAAAAGAUCAAAAGGAAGCUUGGGAAGUUUGAAUAUGAUUAUAGGAAAGAACAACGAGACUGGGAAAAGCUCAGCUAAUGGAGCUUGUUCUAAAAGUGCUGAGAGCGCUUCUGAUGGAUCAAGUGAUGGAAGUGAUGCAAAUUCACAAAAUGACUCUGGAUCUAGACACAACGGGAAGGAUGAUGAGACAGCUACAGAUUCUGCUCAUGGACCACCUGUUAACGGAAGUAAUCUACCGGUGAACCAGAUCGUCCCGAUCAUGUCAGUGCCGGCUACAGGUGUUCCAGGCCCACCAACAAAUCUAAACAUCGGAAUGGAUUAUUGGAGCGGUCAUGGGAAUGUUUCUACAACAGUUCCUGGAGUUGUGGUAGAUGGUUCUCAAUCACAACCAUGGUUACAGCCACAGGACGAGAGAGAGCUUAAACGACAGAGACGGAAACAAUCUAAUAGAGAGUCUGCUCGUAGAUCCAGGUUGCGUAAACAGGCAGAAUGUGAUGAGCUCGCGCAACGAGCAGAUGUGUUGAAUGGAGAAAAUACAGGUCUUAGAGCAGAGAUUAGCAAGCUUAAAAGCCAGUACGAAGAGCUUCUUGCUGAAAAUAGCUCUCUCAAGAAUCGAUAUUCGUCAGUGGAAGGAGUAAACUUGGAGAAAAACGCGCAAGAACCAGAGACAAGCACACUUGGGGAUGUUGCAGAGACCACACAUCGUUCCUACAACAACUCAGCCUGA